UUAGGUAUUUUUCAAAACUAGCCUCUCGGCAACUCUGUCAAAUUCACUUAUUGACUUUAAGUAAAUAUUAGCUGCACCAAAUACUACUAUGCACAUUUGUAAUGAUCACAGUUUCUAUUUCUUCUUGCUUCUUGCUUAUCUAAGCAAAAAUUCAACCAAAUCUUAUCUUCACGCUAAUAACACGCCUUCUCGCACAAACAACCACUUCGGUACUUUUGUAAGAGUAAAAGCAAGCACAGUGAGCGUCAUUCCCCGACGACCUCGUCAUUUUCCAACUCGAAGGUGUUAAUUGAGUUGUAAACUUAAAUUUGCAUGUUCCAUUAGAUACGAAAAAUUACUAUUCCCAAGCGGUUAGUCGCGUACGGUCGACACAAGCUGAUGAGGUGCGUGACUAAUGAGCUCCAGCAACAAUUUGGCAAAAGUCUACAAGUGCAAACACAUCGCUUUACAUUAAACAAUAAAAAAACGAAGAAAUAUACCAACAAUUGCGGGUUUUGUGUGUAUUUUUGUUUUGGUUUUGGGUGCCUUUCAAAUUGGGCUUAUUUGCUUUACGGCCGAUUUGAAUUUACUCGCCGUUUAACACUUGCAUUUUAAGAUCAUGUAAGUCCAAUCCAGCGAACGGACAUCUUCGACCGCGAAUGUCACUCAUAGGGAAGCCGCUGACCUACAAUCGCGGCACACGCCGUGACGCCCGUUAUAGGCGGUUACAAAGUCGUGUAUAUAAUUUUUUAGAGCGACCGCGCGGUCUGCCUGCAGUUUUGUAUCACAUCAUGGUGUUUUUUAUGGUAUUCACUUGCUUAGCUUUAAGCGUCUUCUCCACGAUCGAAGAGUACGAGAAAGAUGCAAUUUAUAUACUAUUUCGUAUGGAGAUAUUAGUAGUAAUAUGGUUUUCGUUGGAGUUCUGUUUCAGACUGUGGUCAUCCGGCUGCCGUUCACGUUAUCAAGGAUGUGUGGGACGUCUGAAAUUCGUGAAACGACCCUUUUGUAUUAUAGAUAUUAUAACAAUAGCCGCCUCGUCGGUGGUGUUGGGCAUGGGCACCUCGGGUCAGGUGUUCGCAACAAGUGCACUUCGGGGGCUGCGCUUCUUUCAAAUACUGCGCAUGGUGCGCAUGGAUCGUCGUGGCGGCACGUGGAAGUUGCUGGGCAGCGUCGUUUACGCACAUAGACAGGAACUCAUAACGACAAUGUACAUAGGUUUCUUAGGGCUAAUAUUUGCAUCAUUCCUCGUUUAUUUAAUGGAAAAGGAUGUCAAUAAAAAAUUUAGUAACUUCGCACAGGCGUUAUGGUGGGGUGUAAUCACUCUGUGUACAGUGGGCUAUGGUGAUAUGGUGCCCGAAACGUGGCAGGGCAAAUUAAUUGCGUCCUUCUGCGCGUUAUUGGGCAUUUCGUUCUUUGCAUUGCCAGCGGGCAUUCUUGGCAGCGGUUUCGCCUUGAAAGUGCAGCAGCAGCAACGGCAAAAGCACAUGAUACGGCGACGACAGCCGGCCGCCACGCUCAUACAGGCCGUUUGGCGUUGUUACGCCGCGGACGAGCAUUCAAUAUCGAUCGCCACCUGGAAAGUACACGAAGUGCCUUUACCAAGUCCGCCCACCUCUUCUGAAUAUUGGGAUAGAUUAUUUAAGAAUUUAAGUGAAUAUAGACGAGCUUCAUCUAGCUUUAAGCACAAUGCCUCAUUCGUAACGCGUCUCCCAACCAUAAGGCGGCACCGCAGCCAGAAUAUGCCACCGCGCGAGGUAAACACCAUUAUACCGCAAGGCCCGUCAAAGAUCACCAAAUACACGCGUACAAUGCGAGAGAUUAAUACAUCUGUGGAGAAUUUGGAAAUAAUACAAAAUGGCAAAACUUUAGAUCCCUGUUUUAGUGAAGAUUCGGUGGUAGAAACAAGUGUUUUGAAAAAGAAUUCCGAUGCAACUCCCAAACCUCGACUUAUCGAUUAUCAGCAGAGGUUCAGCUCUCUUUCUCUUGGAAGUUUUUGUAGGAAUACAACGGACAACAACAAGCAACAACCACAACAAACGACGCAAACGCGCACCAAUACACCGUGUGCCACAACAACACAACAAAAACCAAACUCUUUCCGGAAUCUCUGUUCAUCAGUUCUCAGUAAUAACAAAGUUUCGAGCGUGCAACCGCUACCGCCAAAUAAGAACGAAAUAGUGGCGAAUAAUGCGAGCAAUAGCCCCUCUCCAAUACCUGUGAUACUUUGCGGCUUCAUGCAGGGCGACUUCUUCGGUUCGAAUUUUUCACUGCCUCAAACAUCGACAUGCGACGAGACGCGUGAUAGUGAACUUUACAAUCGGGCGCAGUACCUCGAGCCGCGCCUACUGGCCAGUGUGCAUGACAAGCGCGGCAAUAGUGUGCGUGAGGGACGAUGUCGCUUCGGUGGUUUGACCAUUGGUGGCGCCGGCGGCGGUGUCGGAGGUGUUCCACGUAGACGUGCUGGAUGCACAGAGAGUGGGUACUCGUGUAGUAACCUUAUGGAUAGCCUUUGUAGUCGAAAUUGCUGUACUCAAGCAAAUAAUGAAGACGAGGAGCCGCGAUAUACGCAAUUGACGAGUCAACAUAAGACGGCCAUACGAUUCAUCAGAAAGCUGAAAUACUUUGUGGCUCGGCGCAAAUUCAAAGAAGCUCUCAAGCCGUAUGACGUUAAAGAUGUGAUGGAACAAUAUGCAGCGGGUCACGUGGACCUGCUAAGUCGGGUCAAAAAUGUGCAUGCAAGACUCGACCAAAUCCUUGGCAAGCAAGGAUCAAAAUCAAAAGAUGUUUACGCUUCUAAAAUUAGUUUAGCUUCGCGAGUAGUCAAAGUAGAGCGACAGGUCGCUGAUAUUGAAGAAAAAUUAGAUGUACUUAUUAAAGCUUAUAUGGAGGAUCGUGAACGCUUCUUAGCACUUCCAUUGUCUACACAGCCUGUAGUUAAACAUUCCAAUAAUAACAAUGAAGAUCACUCGAAACGGGGCGAUUGGGCGACGGGCAAUAAUAAACCUAGUAAUAGUAAUAAUACUAAUAGUACACAUGCGACAAUCAGUGCUAGAAGAGAUUUCUUCUCGGCGACGAAAAUCGGGGUCAGGGAUGACAAUAAGGUUUCCGAUGCGCGUGCGUUUGCGCCAUCCUUCGAUUUAGCGUCGGUUAGUCCUUUUAAACUAUAUAGUGAUAAUGCCAUAUCCGAAAUAGAAAAUCCAAAAAAACGUGUAACUCUAAGAUCCGCCUCCAAUCCUUGUGAUAGAGGAAUUUAUAAAGAAGAUAAUUUUGCUAUAACGAUACCUGGUCUAAAUGAACCCUUAAGUAGUAGCCUAAAACCGAAUUUACGAAAGGAAAACUCAAUUAUACUCAUCGAUGAGGUUGAAGACUUCGAAGAGGAGGAUCUUAAUUGCGAAGGCGAAAUGGAUCAUUACCCCUCAUGGGAGAUCGAUAGUGAUGCCGGUGCUAAUGUUGAUCUCGAUUGCGAAGUGGCGGCAGAAGAUACCGCUCUGCUGCAACAAAGAUCUCAUACGAAAAUUAUUAUUACUUCCGUUACGCCUGUAAGCUCAGCAAAUAAUCUCACAGAUUUAGAUAAUGAAUCCGCGGACACGCCUACAAAAUCAUCAUUACUUUUCCCGCAAUCUGGUUAAAUAGUAGAAAUUAAAUUUAUUUAUUUUUUUCUUGUUUAUUCCAUUUGUGUUCAGAUUUAAGUAAAAACAAUUUUUUAACUAAAACAAAAGAAAAUUUAGAAAAGUUAAUAAAGCAAAUUUUAAAACUCAUUUAAAUAGGAAAUUAAAACGAAUAAAAUUAUUUAAUUAAAGAAAA